UCCAGGAUCACCGCGUUCAUCUCUCGCACCCACUUGAGUGCGCAAUCCACACUGGCCGGCCUUGGUCCACUCGUCUCACUUCUUAUCACAAUCACACCCCCCAUAAUGGACCACUACGACGACGACUACACCACGACACGGUCGACCCCCGUCGGCGCCGACGCCGAGCGCGACGAUGACACUCCGCCCGAGCGCAACUCCCCCUCCUUCAGCUUCCACGAAGAACGCCGCCUCCUCAAAAGCGACGAGUACUGGCUCGCGCACAAGAUCCCGCGCCUCCCCCCUCCGGCCCUCGGCACAUCCCCCAGCGCAUCAGUUGCGGCCCUCGACGGCCUCUCCCUCUCGCGCUACGACGAGCGCGACGACGAGCGACCGUGGAGCACCUCUCCAGCGGACGAGAUGGAUCCCUCGGGCGUCAAGCACCGCGAUCGGAUGGACGAAGAUGAGCAGCUAGCUCUCGAGGAGGAGCAUCGCGAGAAGAUGGGCGGGGCGGCCGCAGGCGGCCUGCCGCCUGAUCAGUUUGAUACGGUCCGCGCAUUCGCCGAGUCUGGCGUAGGGAGUGAACUCGAGGCGCUGUACGCCGCGUUCUCCAAAUGUCUCGCCCUGCGUGACAAGUACAUGACGCUGUCGAGCCAGAUGCUGGGCGACAACCCGCGCGACCGCGACGGCACGUUUGGCGGAUUCCGCACCGGCACAGGCGACGUGUACGGCCUCAAGCCCGACCAGAAGCCGGCCACGUGCGAGCUGAGCGCCGACCCCAACGCUCCACAAUGGCAGAUGAACCCGCCCCCGCCGGCGCCACAUUGGAAGUGGGAGGGCGCGCGGCCCGAGCACCAGGACGGCGAGUCGCACAAGCCCGACUCGACCACCACUCCGCAGUUUGACCUCGCGAGCGUCGAGGUCCCCGGGCCAGAGGACGCUUCCAGCGCCCACACUUUCCGGCUCAACGACGAGGGCGUGUAUACUGUGUACACGACCAACGGGUACGACAAGGGCGGCGAGAUCCCACUCAGCCACGUGCCCCGCCUCAAAGAGUAUUACAUGGACCUCGAGUAUCUGCUCAACGUGUGCUCGGACGGGCCUGCCAAGUCGUUUGCUUUCCGCCGCCUCAAGUACCUCGCAUCCAAGUGGAGCCUGUACGGCCUACUUAACGAGUACCAGGAGCUUGCGGACAUGAAGGCCGUGCCGCAUCGCGACUUCUACAACGUCCGUAAGGUCGACACGCAUAUCCACCACUCGGCGAGCAUGAAUCAGAAGCACUUGCUGCGGUUCAUCAAGCGCAAGCUCCGCCGGUGCCCCGACGAGAUUGUCAUCCACCGCGACGGCAAAGACCUGACGCUGAGCGAGGUGUUCGAGUCGCUCAACCUGACGGCAUACGACCUUAGCAUCGACACGCUCGACAUGCACGCGCAUCAAGAGUUCCACCGCUUUGACCGCUUCAACAACCGCUACAACCCCACGGGGUCGUCGCGCCUCAGGGAGAUCUUCCUCAAGACCGACAACCUCCUCAAGGGCACAUACCUUGCCGAGCUCACGACCGAGCUCAUCGCCGACCUCGAGCAGUCCAAGUACCAGAACUCGGAGUGGCGCGUGUCCAUCUACGGCCGUAAGCCCGACGAGUGGGACAAGCUCGCCAAGUGGGUCGUCGACAACAAGCUUGUGUCGCACAACGUGCGGUGGCUCAUCCAAGUGCCCCGCCUCUACGAGGUGUUCAAGGCGGGCGGGCUGGUCAACAACUUUGAGGACGUCGUCAAGAACGUCUUCAAGCCACUAUUUGAGGUCACGCAGGACCCAAAGACGCACCCGGAGCUGCACAUUUUCCUGCAGCGCGUAGUCGGCUUCGACUCGGUCGACGACGAGAGCAAGCCCGAGCGCAGGCUGUACAAAAAGUUCCCGACGGCGCAGGCCUGGGACACGAACCAGUCGCCCCCGUACUCGUACUGGAUCUACUACAUGUACGCGAACAUGGCGAGCCUGAACGCAUGGCGCCGUGAGCGCGGAUUCAACACAUUCGUGCUCCGCCCGCACUGCGGCGAAGCGGGCGACCCAGACCACCUCUCCUCGGCCUUCCUUACCUCGCACUCGAUUUCGCACGGCAUCCUCCUCCGCAAAGUCCCUGCCCUCCAAUACCUCUUCUACCUGAAGCAGGUGGGCCUCGCCAUGUCGCCGCUGUCGAACAACGCCCUGUUCUUGACAUACGAGCGCAACCCCUUCAAAGACUUCUUCAAGAUCGGGAUGAACGUCUCGCUGUCCACCGACGACCCGCUCCAGUUCCACUUCACCGCGCAGCACCUGCUGGAAGAGUACUCGUGCGCGGCACAGAUCUACAAGCUCACGCCCGCGGACAUGUGCGAGCUCGCGCGCAAUAGCGUCGUGCAGUCCGGCUGGGAGAUGCAAGUCAAGAAGCACUGGAUCGGGCAUAAGUGGUAUCUCCCCGGCGCGGCCGGCAACGACAUCCACAAGACGAACGUGCCCAACAUCCGCCUCGCGUACCGCCACGCCACGCUGCUCGAGGAGCUCAACCUCAUCCAGCACGGGACGCAUACGCCGAGCGCGACGCCGGGGCCCAUGCGGCCGAGCGUGAGCGAGCAAGGCGCCGGAGGACAGGGUAUGAAGGCCGAGGGGGCCGCCGAAGCGCGGCGGCCCGUCACGCACGGCUCGACGGAUCCCGGCAACCUCGGCGCCGCGGCGAUGGCGCAGACGCGCAACCUUCUCGAUCGCCCGUUCGCGGUCGCGCCGGGCGCGGCGGCGCUCGACGUGCGCCAUAGAAAGCGCUCGAUGAGCAUUGCGAACCGGCCGACGCUGGGCAUGAGCGCCGCCGACGAAAGCACGUCGCCGUUCACGUCGCCGUUCCACAGCCCGGUGCGCGAGAAGAGCGAGAUUCCCGAGGCGCCAGGUAGCCCCACCCGGCGCUGAGUGUACGAGUUAGAGUAACACUGUAUAUGUAUCCUUGCUUGCGCUCGUCAAAUCAA